UAAACUACACAAGAUGUUGUCUGCUUCAUGGAAAAACAAUGAAGCAGAUUCCUAUUUCAACAACAAACCAACAAGAUGUCGACUUAGAGACCAAUCCAUAUAUGAACAAAUAACUACUAUACAUGAUCCAAAAUUUGAAAAUGUCAGUUCCAAACAUGAAAGAAAAGCCUCAACCUCCUCACCUAGUUUUCCUUCCCAGUGGCAUCGGAAAUCCAGCUACAUUCUUCCGACUCGCUGCAGCGAUGGCAGCUCCACGCAGCUGCAGAGUCACCUUCAUCAACGUUCAACCUCAUCCCGUUGAUUCCGACUUCGCCAGCCAGCCAGGUGUGGAGCUUCUUGAUGUAGAUAUGCUAGCAGAUACUGACGACGCCACCACCAUCAGUGAUGAUCCAUUUAUAGCACGCGUUGCAAUCAUCAAUCGUUCUCUCUAUCAACUAACCCCAAUUCUAGCUUCUCUACGAGCUUCCGCUGUAUUCUCAGACUUCGCUAUAGCAGCCACGCUUUCUCAAAUCUCCACUGAUCUCAACAUUCCUCUCUUGGUGGUUUCCACCACCUCAGCAAAGUUUUUAGCCGUUAUCACAAACAUACCACGCCUGCUGUCUCAAGACCCGAAUGUGUUCAGCGACUCUGCGGAAUACCUUGAAGUGCAGGGAAUGCCAUCAAUACCGAAAGCCAACAUUCCUACUGCUUGGCUAAAAAAAUCAUCAACAAAUCAUUUGCUAACAGAAUACCUUGUCCCAAAUGCUCGAGCACUCUCAAGAGUGAGAGGCAUCCUCUUCAACACGUUCGACUGGUUUGAACAAGAGAGUCUGGCAGCCCUCAACAGAAGCCAGCCGCCACUUUUCCCUGUCGGCCCGCUACAACCUUACCAGAAACUCGGAGGCCAUCAGCAUUUUCUUACAUGGUUGAGCGAAAAACCUCUGGGUGAUCGCUCAAGGCACAGCUUGCUUUGAGAGACGUGACAACGGGAUGAUAGUGAAAGGGGAAGUGGAUCAAGAGAGGGUUCUAACUGACCCUGCCAUUGGUGUGUUUGUGAAUCAAUGUGUAUGGAAGUCGAUUAUGCAGGCCGCUUGGGAAGGGGUUCCGGUGUUGGCAUGGCCGCAACAUGGUGAUCAGAUGAUGAAUGCAGAAGCUGUAGAAAAGACUGGUUUGGGAAUCUGGAUGAAGGAGUGGAACGGCCAAGGGGAGGAGGUGGUCGACAGGGAUGAGAUUGGCCGAGUGGUUAGGCAGAUGAUGGAAGAUUUGGACGUCAACAAGGCAGCUAUGAUUGUGAGGGAGAGAGCCAGGGAAGCCUCUGAGAUUGGUGGUAGCUCUCAAAAGGCUUUUGACAAAGUCAUGCAGAUGUUUAUUAGCAGCAAUAACUAGAUAAGAAGAUAAAUUUAUAGUUCAAACUAAAUAUAUCCUAUUAGCUGUAAUACUUGUCAUAAAUUUAUUUAACAGCAACUUUUGUUAA